CGAAGACGUGAACCCAAUGGAGCUUAACAUCAAGAUUGUUCCGUUCCAGUCAAUUAUGCAGGCUUGGACUCGAGCUAGACAAGAAACCUUGACAGCGACGUAUCCAAAGGCUGCCGCUAUCUAUAUCCGGGAACAGUUCGGUUCACUCGACAUUCUUGUCUAUAACGGCGGCAUCAAUCGAUCAUCUGAUCCCAACGCCACGCUGCGUGAUACUUACCGCGCAGUAUUCGAGACCAACGUCUUCGGGGUGGUUGUUGUAAUAGAUGCCUUUCUUCCUCUUCUCCGUGCUUCCAAGUAUUCUGAUCGGCGCAUCGGCGACGUGACCAGCGGCCUCGGGCAGAUUGGAAUAGCCUACUCGCCUACCUCGGAGUAUAAUGCUAAGAUCUGGGAGCUGCCAGCCUACUGAAGCAGUAAAACCGCCCUUAACAUGAUCAGUGCGGUGGAUGCGGUGCGCCUGCAGAAGGAGAAUAUUCUCUCAAUCGUAAUUUGCCCGGGUCACUGUCGAACGGACUUUGGGGGAAACUGCCGUGCCAAGUUUGCCAGGGAGGGGGCACAGCCGAUUGCCCGCACGGCAACAGAGGGGUCUCCAGAAGAACUGUCUGGGAUGGUUGUGG